UGUAUAUACUAUGAGGAAUGACAUCUCCAAGUAUACAUUAAUCUCUAGUAUAUGUAUGUUCAGUGGUUGUGACAUAACUUCAACAUAACCAAAAAAAAGUUGCAGAGAAAAAUAUUUAUUGUUUAUGAAGUGAUGUACAAUGUUCUUAAUGCGUGAUAAAAAUCUCGACGGAUAUUUCCAUUUGAGAUGGAGCACUUUCCAAAUAGAGAAUAUAUUAUGGUAGCUCCUGGAAUAAACACUGUAGUGGUGUUUCUAAAUAUAGGAUUUAUUUUUAGGUUGGAGCUAGCCAUAGUUUGAAUCAAGAAUCUGAUCUAAAGCUGCAUUCCUAGGAGUUUCUAAUAGCAACAAAAAUGGCGAAUGACUUAAUAACAAGAGGAAAAGAUAGACUGCAAGAAAUUAGUAUGAAAUUAGAACAGAGCCAUUUGGUUUAUUUACAAACAGAUGAUAGCCCUUUAAAGUUACAACAACGUCACAAACUAGAAGGUUUUAUUAAAGAAUACCUCUGUCUUGUUCCAAAUGAGAAUAAAUAUGUUUUUCAAGAAACCGCAGAUAUAUUGCAUAGAUCUGCAGCCACUUUACCGGACUUUAGUGGAUAUAGAGCUGCGACUGCCUGGAGUGCUAUUUCCUUAUACGCUGCCAAUCUUUUGGCUCAGCCUUGGAGAAAAGAAUAUAGAACAUUAAGGACUUAUAGUGGGUAUUAUAAACACGAAGUAGAAGCAAAUUUAAUAGGAGCAGAACUAAUGUUUGAACAAAUGGGGUAUAAACACACAGGGUUGGGUGUCCUUACUUUAGAAGGUCCUAUAGACCCUGAUAAGGUAUCCAGUGUCAGCAGAGAUGCAAUGGUAGCCUUUGUUGAGUGUCAGAUAUUAAAACAAAUAUGGGAAAACGUUUCUCAAAAUUGUACUAUCUCAUGGUUGGAAGUUUUAGAAUUCAGGGAAAAUCAUGUUGGGGCACCAGAGCAAGCAAUUAGAGCAUUGAACUACCGUUUCCUCGAAAAAAUGCAUCACACCCGCACAAAAGUAGAGAAUUAUAGGGACUAUCAUUACGCUCAACCUACGUGCAUAGAUGCAGCAUCACCAUCGGUUCCUUAUCACAUAAUGCCUCCUAAUUAUAAUAUGCCUGUGUCUGCUUGUCAAACAGAUUACAGAUAUAUUGAAGAUACAAAUGCGACACCCAGAUACUUUCCAGCGAUAGAUCAUGGCUUUGUGAACCGAUGCAGUGCUUACGGAUGUUUACCGCAUGGUAAUAAAUAUUUCAGCGGCGUCCACGCGAAUCCUUAUUACACAACCAUGCCAGCAUACUCAAGAGUGCCUACGGGUAGAUUAAUCGAAGUGGAUAUGCCUGUGUCGGUUGCUAAUUAUGAGAAACUUCAUAACAGAAAAUCAUCCCACCGAAUACCUGACUUGGAUGAAGUAGAUUACUAUAGGAAGCAAUCCAGUGACGGAGAUCAUUAUGAUUACGGGAAAGUUGAUAAGAAAUCGAAAUCAGUUGCCGAUAAAAAUAAUUAUGAUUCUUGGGACUUCGUGUACAGAAACUUAGAAAGUUUAGGGUACUCUAAGGAUAUCGGUGAUCGGGAAGACAUUUUACAUAAACGUGACUGCGAUUCUAGAACAAACAAGCAGAAAACGUCAAAGCAGAACCAUAAUGAUGAAAAGCACAGUGGACAUCGGUUUGAGAAAAAGAGAAGCGGUAGAAUCGAUGGAAAUAACGUUGAUUCGUCUGUGACGAAUGGUCGGUAUUAUCAUCAUGAUACGUUACCAUUCAAGAAAAAAUCUUCUUCUUUUGACUUAACAGACUCGAAUAAAUAUCGAGCUGAUUCAUCAUCCGAGAAUCACCUGUCCUCGCACAAUAAAGAUAAAAAGCAUGGCAGUCAGACGCUUCCGAUUCAACGUUCUCAUCGAUCUUCCGAUCAGAUCGCAAAAAUUGAAGAUAUGCUAAAAAAUGUUGAAUUGUCCUAUUCUCGAAAGGAGGAUGACAUGGAAGCUAGAAAUAAAUGGAACUGUGCCACUUGUACGUAUCUUAAUUCUUCGUCCAGAGAUAUUUGUGAAAUGUGUGGAAAGUCUAGACAUAAAGGGAACGAGGAUAAACCUUUAGCUAGCGGUGGAAAAGAGUGUCCGAAAUGUACGCUGGUGAACGAGCAAAAUGUUUCAAUUUGUGAAGCCUGUGGUGCAUAUUUAAAAGACUCACCUACUUAUAUUUAGAGAAAUUACUGAAACGAGUAUCUUUAAUUAAUAUUCCAUAUGGUUUGAAAUUAAGGGAAAUGGUAAGUACAUUGCUUGGAUACAUUGUGCUGUCCUGAUACAAAUAUGCGUAAGGUGUUUGAGAUAAAUAUGUUAACACUUAUUAUGCUUGUAGCAGUUUCAAUAAGUGGCAACAAUUUCUCCCGAUCACUUUAUUUAGGGAAAAUUGAAAGAGUAUUACCAUAUUAAUCGAAUUUACGAUGUCUGAAAAAAAAUAUAUAUAAUGGAGAUAUAAAAUUAUUUAUUUAAAAUCGUUCGAAUAUAGUAGAUUUGUGAUAUGGAUGUAUAGUAUUGUGGUAAUAUCGUGGUGGCCUAUUACUUGUUUGAAAGAGGGUAAGAAUGGGCAUGUGCGGAUACCAUUUAGUGUCGAAUCAAAUCGAACCAAAAUUUGAGCUUUCGGGUACCUUUGACGAAAUAUAUAUUUCAAUAAACAAGUUGUAAUUAGGUUGAGAAGUCUAAAUAUUUACACGAACGUAAUACAAUUAAAUCUGAAUUGUUGCUGAAGCUUUAAUUACAGAUUUGAUUCGACAAUAUAGUAUUUAAACAUAUACGCGUGUUUACCUAAAGAUUAUGAAUGAAUAAAGAAUUAUUGGUUAUAUUUGAUAGCCUAAAUAGUUUAUAAUACUGAAAGUUAUAUGGAAACUAUUUAUUCUACAGCGCCUGUAUUUUAUUCACAUUAAGGAUUCACGAAAACUUCGAUUUUAGAGAAAAAGUAUGUAUUGAAUAUAUUGGAAUGUUAUUUAGAAUGAAACAUAUUAGUCUGUACUGUUAUGAUAUAUAUAUAUACUUUGUAAGUUCAUAUAAACGAUCUUGGUUUCUCUUUUCAUUUUUUUUUAAAUUUUAUAGAAUUUUACAUUCUAUUUUUUGGUUAUUGAUUUUGUUAUUAAACAAUGUACACUGUUACUUUAUCCAAAACGAUAUCAAAAUUAUGCUCUAAAUACUAGUCUACAUAAUGUUGAUCAUGAACUAAUUAUUGUUAAACAGCCGAAUUAAAAAUUGCUUUAUGUUUCAAAUAUAAGAAAGAAACCUUAAGUUGUUGUCUUGAAUCGAUUUAUAUAUAUUUAUUGUUUAAAUAAUAUUUUGUUAUUCAAAGAAUAUAAUUAUAGAAAUAGAAUACCUACGUACCUAUGCAUAUGAAAUUUGCAUAAUAUAAUCAUUAAUAGACUGCACAAUGUCCAAAUUAAUACAGUUAUCAUUUCAAAUUAAGCAAUCUAUUGAUAUAUAUGUGACUCAAGUUUUCAACUAUAACAAAUAGUUGUUUAUUCUGUAGACAAAAAUUUGUAGGAAACGCUUUAAUAUUUAUUUAUACAUUCCCAAUGCAUCGAUUUAUCUAUUAAUAACAUCUAAGUAGUAUUUCCCAAAAUUUGUUUCUAUCUUAAAUAUUUACUUUGGGCAAUACAUUAUUACCAGUGCAUACGUAAUUACGUAUUCGUGUUUUGAUUGAUUAAUUACAAACAAUUGUUUUCUAAUUGCAUGCAAGGAUUUUACAUGCAAUUCUUUUUAUUAGUUUAAAAGUACAAAUUUUGUUUUCAGUCCUCAGACUUUGCUAUUAAGGGUAGUUUAUAAUAUGUUCUUAAAACACGUACAACUAUAUAGUACACGAAAUUUAAAAGAACAAUAAAAUUUUUAACGCCACAUUUCAAAUAAACAUGUUCCCUUUGUACUUCAGAUUUAUAGACUUUUGUCAUAGAAUGACUUUACUGAGAUCUACUUUUAAUAUUACAGAAGUCUGAUAUUUUAAAUAUAAUAGAAAAAAACUGCUAAUAUUUUUUCAUUGAUCGCACAGAAAAAAAUAAGCGAUUAGUGUAAUAUAAAUAUAAAUCUUAUAAUGGUUGCUGUAAUAUAUUGCAAACUAUGUGUACAUUGUAUUAUAUAUAUUAUAUUGUGUACAAAUAAUAAAUAACAUUUAUUAUACAUUGCGAGAAAAAUGUAUUUUUAAUUAUUUUGAAACAUAAAUUAAAUUUUGUCAUUAUUCAAAAUAUGAAACCUCAAUGCUACAAUUAACAUUAGAAUACAUAUUCAGUACUUACAUGUAAGAAGAUAUUGUAUGUUACAAAAGAAAUAUUUAAUGCAACAAAAUCAUUCAUUAUUAUUUAAAUAAAUACUUCAUUAUUCGCUUGUACGUUUUGUAACUUUUUCCAACAUUGUAACAGCUGCUUGAUGUAUUUUUGGAUCCAACUUGUCUGUAAACAUUAAUAACGAAUCAAAAUAUUUCAAAAUA